GGACAGCUGAUUUUGACAAAACAAUUUUCUUUUUGCGUAGUGAAAUGUAUUCAAAAAUAAAAUCAUGUUAUCCAGUAGAAUUGUGACUGUAAACAGGCAGAAAAUAUGUAUGUACGUAUUGCCAAGGCAGACUAGCACUACACCUGAAUCAAAAUCCAUACAGCCGCCUAACCCCAAGAAGAUAACUACAGAUAUGGUAGGCCCUCCGGAUCCUGUAUCAAAUUUAAGACGAAUAGUGUUCAAACAGCCUGAAAAUGAGACAACAUUAGAAAAACAGUACAGGAAUAUGAGGAGCGAAGUGCAAGAAUGGAACCAGAACUUCUGGACUCAACAUAACUCUAGAUUUUUUCAGGAAAGAGAAGAUUACCUAAAGAAAAAUUUGCCAGAAGGCAAACAAAACCUUACAGCGGAUGAAAUGAGUGUUUUCUAUAAGGCAUUCUUAGAUAAGAACUGGAAGGCACAUAUAUCAUACAAUAUGGAAUGGUAUAAAAAGAACUUCAAGUUACUACGGCUAGCAAUACAAGUGAAAAUGAGAAGAUUACUUAGAGUUAAAGAUUGAAUUAGUGACAAUUAGUUUAAAUAAAUGUUUAUUUUAUUUUA